CACUUGAACAGUUUUUCCUCUCUCCCCAUCUCUCUCUUGAAAAGUUGUUUCUCUCUCUCUCCGUCUUGGUCUCUCUCCACUUCUUCGCAAUUUCACCAGUAGAGACAGACUUUUGUUUAGAACCUCGACCUCUGUUACAUGGGUUCCAUGGAAGAGAAUGAGGAGCUCCACGUCCUAAUGUUCCCAUGGCUAGCCCACGGCCACAUAACCCCCUUCUUCGAGCUCGCCAAAAAGCUUGUAGAGAGAGAAAUCACAGUCACCAUCUGCUCAACCGCCUCAAACCUCACCUCCAUCAAAGACCAGCUCCGAGAAACCCACUCUUCGAUCAAAACUGCUGAAAUCUCAUUACCCCAAGUUGCAGGCCUCUCUCCUCACCAUCAAACCACCAAAGACCUGCCACCCCAUCUCAUGCCCCACCUCAAAAGAGCCUUUCAUCUCUCACAAAACCAGUUCAAAGACCUCCUUCGCUCUCUAAAACCCAACUUCUUACUCCAUGAUUUCAUUCAACCAUGGGCACCAGAAGCUGCCCUUGAGCUCAAAAUCCCAUCCUCUGUCUUUCUAACCUUCAGUGUUUCUUGCUCAAGCUUUCUCUACCACCUGGUCUUAGGCAAAAAACCCAAUGAAUUCCCCUUUGAAACCAUGGAGUUGCACCCCCAUGAGUCCCAAAGGAUUCAACCCAUGUUAGAGCAACAAACCUUUGGCAUGAGAGACUUAGAGAGGUACAAGUCCUGCGUUGAGCAGUCAACAGACUUUCUCACAUGCAGGUCCAUGCAUGACAUAGAGGGGAAGUUCAUAAAUUACCUUUCUGCCCUUGCCGGAAAGCGCGUGAUCCCUGUGGGGCCUCUUGUCUCCAGCCGCACUCCGGCCACCACCGACGAGUUUUUCCGGCAGUGGCUCGACGCACGGCCGGAAAAAUCGGUGGUGUUUACGUCAUUUGGAAGUGAAUAUUUUAUGAGUGAAGAUGAGAUUAAGGAGAUUGCAUUAGGGCUUGAGCUCUCUAACCUACCUUUUAUAUGGGUGAUUAGGGUUAGCCCUAAUGAGGUGAUUAAGGAAAUUAAUGAGGUUUUGCCUUUGGGGUUUAUAGAGAGGGUGAAGGAGAGGGGGCUCGUGGUGGGAUGGGCCCCUCAGGGAGAGAUCUUGCGACAUGUGGCAAUCGGAGGGUUCUUGACCCAUUGUGGAUGGGGGUCGUGUAUGGAGAGCUUGGGGCUCGAAUCUCCGUUGAUCACGUUGCCGCUGCAGCUAGAUCAGCCCUUCAAUUCAAGGGUGAUGACAAGAGAGGUUCGGGUGGGGGUGGAGGUGGAGAGAGAGAGUGAUGGUGGAUUCAAGGGAGAGAAGGUGGCCAAGGCUUUGAAAAUGGUGGUUUUAGAGAGAGAAGGGGAGUUGGUGAGAGAGAGAGCAAGGAGAUUGGCUGAGAAGAUUAAGGAGGACGGAGACAAGGGAGUAGAUGAGUUGGUGAAGGAGAUUAGGAGGCUAAGUUUAAUUAAGGGUGAUGAGAACUUGGCUUAAUAAUGGUGUUUUUUUCGUUUACUAAAGAUUGUAUAUUGUGAUACAUGUAUCGUAAUGUAUUCGUAUUAGUACUAAUGCACCGGAUCCAAUCAACAACUCUAAAAUUAAGCUCUUGUAAAAUGUGAUGCACUCUAUUCUAUCAGAUACACCAAUGCACUGGAUUUGAUCGACAAUUCUGCAUUA